UAUAAGUUCUCCUUCCUUCCCCCAUCCCUUUGAUCUCUCACCACAAACCAAACACAAUUGAUCAUCACACACAACCAAAGAAAUAAAUAAAUUAGAUAAGCAAAAUCCAAACACCAAGUACUUCAAGCUUCUUCUUCUUCUCCUUCCCUAUCUUUGCCUUUUUUUGUACUUUUCAUCAGAAGGGAAGAUCAGAAUGUACCAUCAUCAACACAGAGGGAAGAGCAUUCACUCAUCAGAAAGGCAUAUGUUUUUACAAGGUGGUGGAAAUGGGGGUGGAGGAGAUUCAGGACUUGUUCUUUCAACUGAUGCUAAGCCUAGGCUUAAAUGGACUCCUGAUUUGCAUGACCGCUUUGUUGAAGCUGUUAAUCAAUUGGGAGGGGCUGACAAGGCCACUCCUAAAACUGUGAUGAAAAUCAUGGGCAUUCCUGGACUUACUUUGUACCACUUGAAAAGCCAUCUUCAGAAAUACAGGCUAAGCAAGAAUUUGCAUGGACAAGCAAAUGGUGGAAGUGGAACAAAUAAAACUGGUACGGGUUGGCGUGUAGGAACAGUGGCGGUUUCCGUAGACCAAAGAUUGGGAGAGGCAAAUGGAGCAGCAGCAGCAGCUCGUACUAGCAAUAUUGUUGUCGGCCCUCAACCCACCUCCCAGUCCAACAAAAGCCUUCAAAUAAGUGAAACAAUACAGAUGCAAAUCGAAGUGCAGAAAAGGUUACACGAACAACUCGAGGUACAAAGGCAUUUACAACUUAGAAUAGAAGCACAAGGGAAGUAUCUCCAAACAGUAUUGGAGAAAGCACAAGAAACAUUAGGAAGACAAAACUUAGGGACAGUAGGACUUGAAGCAGCCAAAGUACAGCUUUCAGAAUUAGUCUCUAAAGUCUCCACUCAAUGUCUAACCGCAGCAUUUCCAGAGCUACACAAUCAAAGCCAAAGCCAAAGGGUUUGUGCUCAACAACAAAGCCAACCCCCUGACUGCUCAAUGGACAGUUGCUUGACAUCCAGCGAGGGGGGCUCCAAGGAUCAACAAGCCCAACAACAACAACACGUCCUCCUCCACAACAGCCACUUGGCCCUCCGACCCUACGCAGACCGAGCCUCGUCAGGUGCUCCCGACCACAGCCUUCAUGGGCUGUCCAUGAGCAUUGGACUGGUGCAAGGGGAGAAAGCAGGGCCGGAAGGGUACAAUGGGUAUUCGACAUCGGAGGGUCAGAGAUUGUUUGGGAGUAAAAGGACGAAGGAUGCAGUAAUGGAAAAGGAGACGGGGUUUAGAUAUAGAAUGGAUUUGAAUAAUGCUGGAGAGGAUCAAUUAAUUAGUAGUAAUAAUAAUAAUGAUCAUACGUCUUCUACUACUUGCAAGAUGUUUGAUCUUAAUGGCUUUAGCUAACCAUUGUUCGAACUUCUUCUUCUUCUUGUUAUAUAUAAAUAUAUUUGGGAGUUAUAUAUAUAUAUAUAUAUUGUGCCUUUGGGUAUGGGUAAUAUGUUUGAGCGAGGGAUUUUAAACUGAUUAAAAUGGUUGUUUCUAAAAUCAUUUUGAAACAUCUUUUUUAAUGAUUAGUGACCCAUUUCAA